UGCUGGAAUUAGCAGGGCAUGCAGUUCAACAGGUCUUCUUGGCACGUGGUCCUCGCGCCCCCUAGCUGAGCCAGUCGAAGAGGUUGUUGCGAUAUAUAAGGUAUGUUCUCAGCGACACUCUCUUUCUUCUCAUCAGCAAACUGCCAUCGCCUCUCUGGUAACCGGUUCGCUCCACAUCCAACUUUUACAUUCGUUUUAUAACACCCACACUCGUUUCGGCACGACCACACCCCCACACAAUGAAGGCUUCUACCGUUCUCGCAGUCCUUGCGACUGCUGUUCUGUCAUACGCCUCUCCUGUGCCUGAAGAGCAAUCGCAGCAGGGAGGCUACCCAGGCGGUGCACCAGGCGGCAUGCCUCCUCCAGGCUUCGGUGGUCCUCAGGCCGCAGGCCUCAGUCAAGCUGGUCCAGGUUUUGGUGGUCAACUUCCACCACAAGGUUACGGCGGCGGCGGCGGUGGCUACGUUCCUAACGCUCUCCCUCAGCCCGUCCCUGGCGGCGGACCGAUCGGAGGAGGUGUUCCACAGCCACCACCAUUUGGCGGACCUUCAGGAUUCCCGCCAGGACCGCCACCCUUCCCUCAACCCGGCGGCUUCCCUCCAGGACCCCAGCCUUUCCCACCCGGACCCCAGCCUUUCCCACCCGGACCCCAGCCUUUCCCACCCGGACCACCACCAUGCGGGCAGUGUGGAGCUUUCCCACCUCCUCCAUCCCCACCACCACCGCCGUUCCCAUUCCCACCACCACCACCACCACCAAACCCAUGUGGUAUUCCAGGUGGCUGCCUUCCUCCUCCUCCUCCACCAGGACCUUGCUCUAUCAGCACGCAACAAUCUUGCUGCAAUGGCAACACUGGCGGUCUUCUGCUCGGUGGCAACUGCGCUAUCAUGAUCUUGUCCGAUCCUUGCAGCAACCAAGUGGCAUGCUGCCCUACAACCAACAGUGGUCUCCUCGGCAUCGGCGCGCUGUGCGACCUCCUCGAUCUAUAAACGAACGUCUCCGGAUGAUCAUGCCGUACCUCCUUGUGGGGAUGAUGAACAUGGCGGCGGGUGGUUACUAGAGGCGCUGCCAGCUACGGUACUCCGAGGCACGCAGGUUUUCCUUUCUUGAUCAAGGUCUGCAUGACAAGCCGCUCCGUAGUGAGCUAAUCGUCGGACAUUUUCUACAACACACGGAGAGGCGCAUUGUAAUUAGUGACAGCUCGGAUCUCGUAAUGAGCAGCGCAGUUUUGCACAGCAUAUUUAGGGGAACUGUUUAUGAUACCACGCUUCU